UAAUAAUCAUUAAUUUAAUACAUUAACGCAACCGAGCUGCUGCAUUCGAGGGUGAUUUACUAGCGUUUCAGUUGGUUUGCGCGUCCGUCAGAGUGUGGUUUGCUGCGAGUGGUGAAGGAUACCCCACCUAGAUACUUUCAUCCGUUCGGGUUUGUGUUUGAAUAUUUGAUACCAUCAGGAGUGAAGUGAAACUGUAUCCUCGGUGCGUGCGGGGAAAAGAUUUCCCAUAAAUUGCGUCCAUCGUAACCCACCAACAGCAACAACAGCCGUACCAUAAAGCAAACAGAAAUGAGUUCAAAAGCAUUACCAAAUCUAUUUAUGCUAUCAGUGGCGGUUAUUGCGCUAAUGGCGUUACUGAUCGUCGGUCCACAGCCGGCCACGGCCAACGACAGCCAGAACAUUAACCGGCUGCUUAACAAUCAGGUGAUUGUCAGCCGGCAGAUCAUGUGCGUCCUGGAGAAGAGCCCCUGCGACCAGCUCGGCCGACAGCUGAAAGCCGCCCUGCCGGAAGUGAUACAGCGCAACUGUCGGAAUUGCUCGCCCCAGCAGGCACAGAACGCCCAAAAGCUGACAAACUUCCUGCAGACCCGCUACCCGGAGGUGUGGGCGAUGCUGAUACGCAAGUACGGUGCCGUUUAAAGAACAUCCACCAUUCCAACGCGGUUUUUUUUUUGUGCAACGCGCGACAAAAGGAAGCGGUUGUGCUCCAUUCACCGAUCGAGCGCGUCGAAUGGAGGGCCUCUGCCGCAACACAUCCACGAAAAACCAUCACGUGUGCCGCCAUGAUUUCACCACCAUCGUCGGUGAGCGUCGGGGGAGGCACAUUCCAAUAAAAACGAAUCACCCCCUAAAACUGCGCUCUUGCCGUCAAACAUAUCGCGAGACCAGCGUACCAGCAUAUCAGCGAACAUGCUUAUUGCCGUCCAAGCAUGUAUAAUUUAACGUUCAACCACACAAACACACACAGUCAAAGAGGGAGCAAAACGGAAACGGAAAGUGAAUCCGGAACACUUGUCUUCUUCGGUUGUCACUGUGGACGGUUUAUUCCCAUUCGCUCAAAUGCUCGUGACAGGCUCGCGACGUACCACCCGGAAGCGGACAGAAGGAAUAUUAAAGUCGUUUCGAUUUGACACUUUAUUUUUCGUUUUUAAGACUAUUUUUAACGCAUAAAGACACAAUUUCACAUUCAUAUAUUCUAUUUGACAAUCGUGUCGGAUACACUGUUGUUUCUUUCGCUCUCUAUCCAACUUUACUUCGUUUCGCAUCGCGUUCCUUGUAUGCUUUUAGCUUCUCGGCCGUGGAAAGCUUCUUGUCGUGUGCCCGUCACCAUGGUGACGGGUUUCGCAAAAGAAGCUUUACGUGAAACGCGUCCUGCACGGGCUGUUGUGUGACGUUGUUUUGCCUACCCGUCAUACAAAUUCUUGUUUGACAUCUGCUAAAUGUGUUUGCACGAUGACAAACAGUAACGGCAUGAUGCAUAAUCGGAUUAUGAGUCCAGCCCCCGUUCGUUCACAAGCAAUCCGCAUGACAACGGUGGUGAGCUAUACGCUCCCUCAGCACAUCAUUUUCUUCCCUAGAAACCGCACAAAACUGCCGACUGCCGUGUGGUUGGCAGCUUAAUCGAGCGCAGACGAAUGCCGGAAAUGAAACGGCUCCGAUGAUGGUUGAUGAAUUUGGCGGUACAAUGUCACCCCCGCUGGUAUAUUACUAUUGUGCGAACUCAUAAUAAUGAUGAAAAUAAUAAUAAUGCUAUGUGAUAGAACCAUAUCCCGUACCAUAUCGUCCUGGAAAAGCUCCGGUGUGGAAAUAGAAAAAAAAAACAAACAAACCUACAAUUGGAUAUUUUGCAUACGAAAAAUUGUAAUGUGCGAGAAAAUAUCAUAAAAACACAACCCUUAAAUCUGGCAAAGAAAUAAAACAUGAAGUUAAAAGAGGUAAAUAUCAAAUCCCCACGUUCAACUAGAGCCUAGCGUUCCAUAGCUCCAUGUGAAUAUAUUUGUCUUCUCCCAUGCAUCACGUUGUGAAGUUUUACACGAGGAAAGAACAAACACAUACACAGGAAAAAACAAACAAACAAGUGAACAGCAUUUCUGUACACAUACUCCCAACUAUGUUAGGUUAGUUUGAAGUAAUAAAGACGAUUGAAGU